UCGGUUUAUUUUAGCUCCGGCAUCUUUUGCUGCUCGCUUUACAUUUUUAUUCCCGAUGUAUCUUAUUAUAACACACAUUUUGUUAUCUUUUCAUAUCAGCCGAGCUCGGAUAUUAAUCUCCUUUUUUUUCCCUUCUACAUGCCGCUUCCCCCGCUGUCUUUACUGCAUUUUUAGAUGUAUUUGGUGUCCCUUGUUUCCUCCAGUAACGUUAACCCAUGUCUGUGUGCGUCCCGCCUCCCUGCGCUCUCAAUAGAUGGUGCAAGUCAAAAUGUCCAAAUCGCCCGUAGACCCUCAGUCUGCUGUGGAAACAGGCUCUCAAUCGCACUAUUUUCAGCUGCCCAGGAAGUUGCCUAAACGCAAGAGUCGCUUCAAACGUUCAGAUGGCAGCACGUCUUCUGACACAACAUCCAGCUUCAUCAAACGGCAGGGGUCGGCUGAUUCGUACACCAGUAGACCGUCGGAUUCAGACCUGUCAGCAGAGGAGGACCGCGAGGCGUAUCGGCGUGAAGCCGAGCGCCAGGCACAACUGCAGCUCGACAGAGCUAAGUCCAAACCUGUAGCGUUUGCAGUAAAGACGAAUGUGAGUUACUGCGGAGCUCUGGAUGAGGACUGUCCUGUCCAAGGAGCUGCAGUCAAUUUCGAUGCCAAAGACUUCCUGCACAUCAAAGAAAAGUAUAAUAAUGACUGGUGGAUCGGCCGGCUCGUAAAAGAGGGAGCAGACAUCACCUUCAUCCCCAGCCCUCUACGACUGGAGGCGAUGAGACUCAAACAGGAGCAGAAACAAAGGAAAACAGGGGGUAACUCCUCCAGUUUAGGGGACAUGGUGACUGGGAGUUGGAGGACCACACCGCCAUCUGCAGGUGAAUCCAAACAGAAGCAAAAACAGGAACAUGUCCCUCCCUACGAUGUGGUGCCCUCUAUGAGGCCGGUGGUCCUCGUGGGACCAUCGCUGAAGGGCUAUGAGGUGACGGAUAUGAUGCAGAAAGCUCUCUUCGACUUCCUGAAACACAGAUUUGAGGGAAGAAUCUCAAUCACCCGUGUAACUGCCGACCUGUCCUUAGCAAAGAGAUCCGUCCUCAACAAAAGACCCAUAAUGGAGAGAUCCAACACUCGCUCCAGCCUAGCGGAGGUUCAGAGUGAGAUCGAGAGGAUAUUUGAACUCGCCAAAACCCUGCAGCUGGUGAUUCUGGACGCGGACACGAUCAACCAUCCUGCACAGCUAGCCAAAACCUCCCUCGCACCCAUCAUUGUCUAUGUGAAAGUUUCCUCACCAAAGGUGCUCCAGAGGCUGGUCAAAUCCAGGGGGAAGUCUCAGAGCAAGCAUCUGAAUGUGCAGAUGAUGGCUGCAGACAAACUCUCUCAGUGCCCCCCUGAUAUGUUUGAUGUCAUUUUGGAUGAGAACCAGCUGGAAGAUGCAUGUGAGCAUUUGGCUGAAUACCUGGAGAUCUACUGGCGUGCCACUCACCUCCCAGGAAACACCCCUCUCAACCCGUUAUUGGAGCAAACUCUGAUGACCCCGCCUUCUGCCAUCUCCAGCCUCCAGAACCAGAACAAGAACCAGCCGCAGCCUUGUGAGGCGGCCGGCUUGGAGGGUGAGGAGGAGGAGGAGGAGGAGGAGGAGGAGGUAGGUGAGGAGGCCCACUCCCCCCUGGAGCAGGACAGUCUUAUGCCGUCUGACGAGGCCAGCGACUCCCUGUCUCGCGGCCGGAGGGGGAGCCCGUGCCAAAGGGGGGGUGAGGAGGACGAAGAGGAGGAAGAAGAAGAGGAGGAGGAGGAUGUGUAUGCCUCCCCCUGCCACGCUCGCACAUACAGAGACAUUUACCCGCCUCACCGUGGCCACGCUGGCAGUGCCCACAGUGCCAACGGGCACGAGUCAGAGGACAGGCUGCUCCAACGCGAAGCUCAGCAAGGUCACAACCAGAGGAACAACCGCCAGCGCAGCCGCCCCUGGCCCCGAGACACCUACUGAGGAACAAGGCUCCCCACCCCCCCCCCCCCCACCCCCCUCAGGCCUCCAGAUCAGCCCUCUGACUGUCGUACGAUCCCAAACAAACAAUUAAGAGAUGGAAAACUUGCCCCAAAAUCUCCAAAUCAGAAUCAGAUGCCCAGUUUAUUAAGUAGACAGACUUUAGGUCUAUUUUUUAAGUAUUUACAGUCCCUCUCUUCCAGACUCCCAGAC